AUGGCCCGUACCGGAACAGUAAGGCAACAGCCAACUAUAAGCAGCGGAACGCAACGCCGAUAUCCACAGCAAAGGCUCACCACUGCCUACAGCACAUUUGCGGAGAUCAAGUGGAUUGUAUACACACUGACCGCCAUCGGCCUAUUGCCAUUUUACACCAUAGACAACGAUUAUAAAAUCAGCCCCACACACCGCAAGCGUCUCAUCACGACCUUCUACACGACAGGCUUGCGUGCAUUGUGCAUCCUGCUGCCCAUCGCUAGUAUAUACCUGAUAUUUUCACCCAUCGGCGGAUGCAAUUUCCACAUUUUCGGCAGUGUGGACAGUGUGAAUGUCGCUUUGCACGUAUUGCUAACAAUUUCCUGCUUCCUCACCAUCACGUUGGGUUGCGCGUGGAAAUCGCACGACUUUCAGCAGAUUGUCAACAAGUUACUGCUGAUCGAUCAGCAACUCCAAGCCCGCACGAGCCUCGCGCCACCUAUACAUAACGAUUGCGCCUUUUAUAGACGCUAUUUGGUGCAACUGUGCAUCUUGAUAGUGCUGGCAAUUCAGGUUAUCUUAUUCAGUAAAAAUAUUUCCACAUCGAGUCUUUUCUCGAUUUCGUUCUAUGUGAUAGAGAACACCAUCAGUAAUUUAUUUGUAAUUUUCAUAGCGCUUCUUUGCCAUCUACUGGCAAUGCGGUUUCGGUAUCUCAACGCAUACGCAAAGUCAUUCGCUAAUGAAGAGAAGCAGCAGCUCUCGCGUUGUAGCAGGUCUUUAGAUCCAUCAAUUUUCUAUGUGAUUCUACCAGAAGAACGGCAUUAUUCAGCACCAGCAGAAAAUCCCUUUAUCAACGCCAGCUCCUUUAUAUAUCGCAUGCAUUACGAUCUGCUCAGAAUGUACAAACUGCUCAACGACUAUGUUGGCCCUGCUCUGUUGAUGUACUUCGUAUAUAUAAUCUAUGUGAUAUCGGCGAUUAUAUAUUUUAUGGCUAAAAGGAAGAGUUUAGACAGGUUCAUUUUGUGGCACACUAGCUCACUGUAUUUGCACAUUAGUAUCAUAGCGCUAGUCUCAUGCUGCUGCAGCACGCUGACCAAGGAAGCCCAUCAAAUGUCGGCAAUCAUUUCUAGUAUUUAUGGACGUAAUGAAAAGUGCCGGAAAAUUUUAAUUGUCAUGGACGUGCUUAAGCAGCAAAUUGUGCGUGACCUUAUGCCAUCAAUUAAUAAAAUCGUUGGUAGUGCUGACACAGCAAUAACGCCUUUAAGAAGUGCCGCCGCCACUGAUUAA